GCUGGGAGGAGCAGGAGCCCUUCCUCCUGGCAGCCUCGGAAACUUCAGCAGGUGCUGGCACAAGCCCUGGCUGGGACGCGGGGUGGGAGCAGGCCCAGCAUGGGGGCUCAGGGUCAGGAAGCGGGACGCCGGGGCCCAGGAACACGGACACCUGCGUCCUUGGGGCCAGGGAGGAAUCCUACAGUGGCAGGGUGCUUGGGCUGUCUCUUUCUCUCUUUGUCCAGAGCCUUAUGUAAGAGCUUUUCUCGGGAAACAGGAAGUCCUGCCUGCCAAGUUCAGCACAGGGAGUAGUGCAGGCCUUAUUCCAACACACCCGGCCUGGCCUUAACCCCAGAACUCAGCCAGUUUCUUGCUUCCGCGACCCUGGUUCUCCUCCCCACUGACGCCCUCCCCUUCUUUCCCACCUUUGGUCUCUCUCAGCAAACUGCCCCAGAGAUCUCGCCUGUGCCCGGGCCAGAGGGUCUUCCACUCUCACCCCUUGACCCUCAAUGCUGCCCAGCUCGUCCCUCCAUCCCGGCUCCUGGCACCAUGCCCCAUAGCCAGCCAACCUUCCCUCCCCCACUUCUGGGGCCGCCCUGGGGUUCCUGCGCUCUGGCCGCUCCUCCCGGGUGUCACUGGCAGCCCUGUCCUUCUUAGAGAGACUGACAACAAAUUCUCCUGAGGCUGGAGGAGGGUGAGGGGUCUCAGGACAACACUGGCCCCGCAGCGGGGUGCCAGGAGCACCAACAGUGCCCCGAGCUUGCUUUCUGCCUCCCUCCUUUUUAUUCUCAAGUUCCUUUUUAUUUCUCCCUUGCGUAACGCCCUUCUUCCCUUCUGCACCACUGCCUGCACCCCGACCCUCCCCGUCACCUCCUUGCUACCCCACUCCUGAGGCUACAGCUGUUGGCAGGGUCCCCAGCUCAUGCCGGCCUUAUCUCCUUCUUUACUAGCCCCCAAAGGGCCCCCGGGAGACAUGGGGGGCCCAGUCCGAGAGCCGGCACUCUCAGUUGCCCUCUGGUUGAGUUGGGGGGCGGCUCUGGGGGCUGUGGCUUGUGCCAUGGUUCUGCUGACCCAACAAACAGAGCUGCAGACCUUAAGGAGAGAGGUGACCCGGCUGCAGAGGACCAGAGGGCCCUCCGAGAAGGGGGAAGGGUAUCUGUGGCUGAGCCUCCGGGAGCAGAGCUCUGAUGGCGUGGAAGCCCGGGAGAAUGGGGAGAGAUCCCGGAGGAGGAGAGCAGUGCUCACCAAAAAACAGAAGAAGGACUCUGAUGUGACAGAGGUGAUGUGGCAACCAGCUCUCUGGCGUGGGAGAGGCCUGGAGGCCCAAGGAUAUGUCAUUCGAGUCUGGGAUGCUGGAGUUUAUCUGCUGUACAGCCAGGUCUUGUUUCAUGAUGUGACUUUCACCAUGGGUCAGGUGGUAUCCCGGGAGGGCCAGGGAAGGCAGGAGACUCUAUUCCGAUGUAUACGAAGCAUGCCCUCCAACCCCGACUGGGCCUACAAUAGCUGUUACAGCGCAGGUGUCUUCCAUUUACACCAGGGGGAUACCCUGAGUGUCAUAAUCCCCCGGGCAAGGGCGAAACUUAGCCUCUCUCCACAUGGAACCUUCCUGGGGCUUGUGAAACUGUGAUUGUGUUGUAAAAGGUGGUUCUGAGCUUGGAAGACCAGGGUGGGUUCAUUUUGGAGACAGCCCAGAGCUGACCAGACAAAGGACAGGGAACAGUCAGGAACAGAGGCCUCUUCUGGGUUUGACUGGAAUCCCAGGUUUGACAGCUCGUGACUCUCCCUUCCUCCCUUCUCCCCCCCCACCCCACCCCCAGGACUUCGAAUUCAUGGAUAUUAAAGAGGUAGUAGAAUA